AUGUUAUCUCAAGAGGACAAGAGGGGUAUCCAUUCGCAUCCGAAUUGGAUGUGUAACGGGUUCCAUAAUGCAGUUGAAGAGUUCAAUCUUACUGAUAUCAACAUUAAAGGGUAUCAGUUCACUUGGACUAAAAGUAUAGGUACUCCACAUAUGAUCAAAGAAAGACUCGAUCGGGCUAUGGCAAAAACUCAGUGGCUGGAGCUGUUUCUGAAUACGAGGCUCCUUAACUUGAUGGCUUCGCAUUCGGAUCAUAAUCCUAUCAUUCUUCAUACAGACCCUCCGGAAAGACACUGUUACCGUUAUUCAUUCAAGUUUGAAAAUAAAUGUCUGUUGGAGCAAGAUAUUCAGGAUGUUGUCGAAGUGGGGAGGGGACCUAACAGAGGGAUGGAAAUAUCAGAUAGGUUAGGGGGUUGUGUGGAGGAGCUGAGAAGGUGGAGUAGGAGGAAGAGAAGUCGGUUUAGAGAGGAAGUACAAGAAUGUGAAAAUGAGAUGGAACACUACAACAGAGUUGGUAAUCAGGCUAGUUUGGAGGCUUAUGUGCAUAUUAUGCAGGGUUUUUGGACUGUUUUGCUUGCUUUUGUGCAGGCUUUUGGAGUGUUCUUUUUGGCAUGGGGGGAUGAUGGUGAUGGCACAGUGGCAGACGUGGGAGAGAGUUGA